UGUGGCGCGCAUAAAUAAUAGCUGCAGCGGGGAUAAAAACGCGCACCUAAGGGCUGCUCACCCCUCCUCCUCCAUCUCUCUCUCUCUCUCUUUCUUUUUCCCCCAUCUAAUGUCUUUUCCUCCAUAUCAUUUAAAACUACUUAUUUGAGGGAAGAAGACAGAAUAUAGGCCAAUCAUUCUUUCUCCUUCGCCUUUCAAAACAAAUCCACUGAUCUGGCUAAAUACGCGAGGUUGCGUCAGAGCGCGUGCUUGGAUCAUAACAAAUAAAUAAUCAGCAGCAGCAUCGAAGUCGACCUCACUGCGUUUUGGAUCGUUUGCGGAUUUUGUGUUUGUUUUCGGUGUGGAAGUUUGACGCGCAGGAUUAUCGUGGACAGGGGAGGGGGAGAUCUGGCGAUGGGACACCUGAAUGGAUGGAGCGUCCUGAUGUGGGUCGCUGCUGCCUGCUUGGUGCUGGCUGAUGGACGCAGAUCCAGGCAGCCCAGAUGUCCGGUUGGAUGCACCUGCACUAAAGAUAAUGCCCUGUGUGAGAACGUCCGAACCGUGCCUCACACUUUCCCGUCCGACGUGGUUUCAUUAUCCUUUGUUAAGUCUGGAUUCAACGAGAUCGCAGGAGCAAGCUUUGUUCACACACCUAAUCUGCAACUCCUGUAAGUAUCCUUCCAUCUUUUUAAUAGUAAAAUGUAUAAAUUGUUAAGUUCUUUAUAUUUAAGUUGUUUUUUUUUUGUGUGUAUUUUUUACAGAUUCAUUGAAAACAACAGAAUUGCAUCAAUAUCUCCAUUUGCUUUCCGGGGUCUAAAGUCACUGUUGCAUUUGAGUCUGGCUUACAACAACCUGGAAACACUGCCCAAAGAUGUCUUCAAGGGUAUGGAUGCUUUGACCAAAGUGGAUCUACGAGGGAAUAAUCUGGUUUGUGACUGCCAGCUCAAGUGGCUGGUGGAGUGGAUGCAUAACACCAACGCAACUCUGGACCAGAUCUACUGCAGUGGGCCACCUAUUCACCAAGGGAAGAAAAUCAAUGACCUGCAGCCACAGUCAUUUGACUGCAUCACUACAGAGUUUGCCUCCUAUCAGCUGCUGAGGUUUGAGUCCAUUUCAGUUGAAGCCUUCACCUUUGCCAAUGAGCAGUAUGUGGUGUUUGCACAGCCCUUUGCUGGCACAUGCAACUUCCUGGAAUGGGAUCAUGUUGAGAUGACCUUUAGAACAUAUGACACAAUUGAAAGCACCUCUAUUGUUGUCUGCAAGCCAGCGGUGAUUGACAACCAGCUCUUCAUCAUUGUGGCCCAGCUGUUUGGAGGCUCCCACAUUUACAAACGUGACUCCUCUGCAAACAAGUUCAUCAAGAUCCAAGAUAUUGACAUUUUGAGGAUUCGCAAACCUAACGACAUCGAGACGUUUGUGAUUGAUGGAGAAUCUUUCUUUGUCAUUGCUGACAGCUCCAAGGCUGGGUCCACAACUGUAUACAAAUGGAACGGCAUUGGCUUCUAUUCCCACCAGGCGCUUCAUCCCUGGUACAGGGAUACGGAUGUUGAAUAUCUAGAGAUUUCCAACAAACCCCACCUGAUUUUGUCCAGCAGCUCCCAGAGGCCUGUUGUGUACCAAUGGAACAGGAGCCAGAAGAAGUUUGACCGCAGGACUGACAUACCAGACAUGGAGGACGUAUUCUCCAUCAAACACUUUCGGGUGAAAGGUGAGCUGUUCAUAUGCUUGACAAGAUACAUCGGGGACUCCAGGGUGAUGCGCUGGGACGGUGCCAUGUUCAAAGAAGUGCAGGCAUUCCCUUCCCGUGGCUCUAUGGUGUUCCAGCCUGUCUCUGUGGGCAAGUGGCAGUAUGCCAUCCUGGGCAGCGAUUUUUCACUGACACAGGUCUACCAAUGGGACACUAAGAGGGGGCAGUUUGUCCCAUCUCAGGAACUGAGUAUUCAGGCACCGCGGGGGUUUUCUGUGGUCUCUGUUGACAACCGGGUGUUCCUACUGGCGUCCAGCUUCAAGGGGAAAACUCAGAUUUAUGAGCACCUCAUGAUCGACCUGAGCGACUAAAAUCACUUUGUGUUAAGUUCAAUUCAGUUUUACUUUUCAGUGAUGAUGUAAAAAGUCCGAAUUUAAAUCCAUUAAUUGCGUCGUACUAUAGGUUUUACCAAGGAGGCCUUAGAAGCAGGUCAGACUGUUAUCUUAUUGGGAAUUCCUUUUUUUUCAAAUAAAAAA